AAGCUCUCUAGCCAGUUCCAGAUGUCGAGUUCCAGAGGCCUGGUGCCAUAGUGGGGGACCCACCUCUGCAGAAUCUCUCCCUCUACCAGCUGCCUGGGCAAGAUGCUUCUCAAUCCUGAACCACCACCGGGUCAACUUCAGUGUGUUCACAGGCCUCAGACCAGAGCCAUGUGGCCUCAUCUUGCCUCUCCCACUCACAGGUACUGGCUUUUCCUUUGGGGAAUCUUCCAGGCUUGCCCUACUCAGACCUCUGUGUUCUUGGCCCAGUGGCUACCACAGCAGCUGACAUCCCCAGGAUACCCAGAGCCAUAUCUCAAAGGCCAAGAAAGCCACACUGAUAUCAAGGCUCCAGAGGGAUUUGCUGUGAGGCUGGUCUUCCAAGACUUCGAUCUGGAGCCUUCCCCAGACUGUGAAGGGGACUCUGUCACAAUUUCAGUCAGUAGAAUGGAACCAACCCGCCUGUGUGGGCAACAGGGAUCCUCUCUCGGCAACCCUCCUGAUAACAGAGAGUUUGUAUCCUCAGAGAGGAGUUUGCGGUUAACCUUCCAAGCACACUCUUCCUCCAACAACAAGACCCACCUCUACAAGGGCUUCCUGGCCCUCUAUCAAGCUGUAGCUCUGACCCAGGCCAGUGGAGAUUCUGAGGCUGUCACACCUGCAGCUGACCAUUCCAGGAUCCAGAAGCACUGCCAGCACCCCUAUUAUGAGGCAGAACCAGCUGAGACACUCAGCUCCCCAGCCCUGGGGACUUGGAAAGACAAACAAGAUGGAGAGGAGGUUCCUCAGUGUGUGCCUGUCUGUGGAAGGCCGGUCAUCCCCAUUGUCCCAAACUCAAAGACUUUUGGUUCUUCCCGAGCUAAAAGGGGCAACUUCCCCUGGCAAGCCUUUACCAGUAUCUAUGGCCGUGGAGGUGGAGCUCUGCUGGGUGACAGAUGGAUCCUCACCGCUGCCCACACCAUCUACCCCAAGGACAGCAUCUAUCUCAGGAAGAACCAGAGUGUGGAAGUGUUUCUGGGUCACACGGAUGUAGAUGAGCUGCUGAAAUUGGGGAAUCACGCUGUCCGUCGGAUUGUGGUUCAUCCAGACUACCAACAGCAUGAAUCUCACAACUUCAACGGGGACAUUGCCCUCCUGGAGCUCCAACACAGAGUCCCCCUGGGCCCCAGCAUCCUCCCAGUCUGUCUGCCCAACAAUAAGACCCUCUACCAAAGUGGCCUGUGGGGUUAUGUCAGUGGGUUUGGUGUGGAGAUGGGCUGGUUAACUACAGAGUUGAGGUACUCGAGGUUACCCAUAGCUCCCAGGGAAGCCUGUGAGGACUGGCUCCGAGAGAAACAGCGGACAGAGGUGUUUUCUGACAACAUGUUCUGUGUUGGGAACGAGAUGCAGAUGAAUAGUGUCUGCCAGGGGGACAGUGGUAGCGUCUAUGUGGUGUGGGAUGAUUAUGCCCAUCGCUGGGUGGCCACAGGCAUCGUAUCCUGGGGCAUCGGUUGUGGCAAGGGGUAUGGCUUCUACACCAAAGUGCUCAACUAUGUGGAUUGGAUCAAAAGAGUAAUGGACAGCAAGGACUAAUCCUGGGGCACCUGAGCGGUGGCCAAGAAUGGACAGGAGUGAGGAUUCUCCUAGGGCAGGGAAGCCUAUUUAAGUCACUGAUACAGCAAGCCACUGUGCAAGAGAAAGCCUCCACCCCUUGACCUACAGCAUCCCACAUAGGAAGCAGCACCCCGCUGCCCCUCCGCCUCACCCCCUCCUCCUUACCAUCUACUUUCCUUUGUUGUACGCCAGGGAAGCCCUGUACCUCUAAGAAACUCACUUUGAACAUCUUUUUGUUUGUUCAAGACAAGGUUUUACUCUGUAGCUACAGCUGGCUUCAAACUCUUGGCAAAACUCCUUCAGCCUCCCGAGUGCUGGGAUUACAGGCAUACACUGUUGAACCUGGCUGCAUCACCUUGAGCAUCUUUUUGAGUCCCCCUGCUUCAUCUCUCAUCCGCUGAUACAGCUUCUUCUGUACCCACCCUUGGAAGUCACCAUCUCACCCCCUGCUCAGAUGGAGCAUGGAAGAAGGGUUUUAACUACAUUUUGUUUCUGAAAUAUUCCAGCAACUCUUUCAUUGACUUUUUUAAAUUUUUAUUUAUUA